AUGGGGAACGGCGACUCGGCUCUGGAGGACAUUGACUCGACUGAAGAUGAUGAAGACUUGACUGUAGAAGACCUUGACUUGGCUAUUGAAGACAAUGAUUCCACUGAAGAUGAUGACUUGGCUGUGGAAUAUGAUGACUUGGCUUUAGAAGACGAUGACUUGGCUGAAGAAAACGAUGACUCAGCUGUAGAUGAUGAUGACGUGGCUGAAGAUGAUUAUUUGGGAGUGGUUGAAGAUGAUGAUGACUUGACUGAAGAAGAUGAUGACCUGACUGAAGAUGAUGAUGAUUUGGGAGCGGGGGACUCGUGCUGGGCAACGCCCCGCCCUGGGCCUUGCUUACCAUACCAGGCGAGGGACUCGUGUAGGGCAGCGCCCCGCCCUGGGCCUUGCUCACCUCACCACGCGGGGUACCCGUGCUGGGCAACGCCCGACUCCAAGAUUUGGUCGCCGUGCCAGGCGGGAGACUCGUGCCGGGGAGCGCCCCUUCCCGAGCCUUAUUCACUGCGCCAGGCGGGGGACUAA